CUUCUUCAGUUCUUAUUUAUUUAUUUAUUUUUCGCUACCAUUUCUCGCCGUCUAUCUUCCUUCGUCGUUGACACUCGCCGUUUACAGGCCGGCUCACCUCCGCUCGCGCUGUACUUUUCAUCUAUCAUGCUUCGCGGUCGCCAUUUAUCUUAUCAAUCAUAAAAUCAGAUAAUAAUCAUUUGGUUGUUCAUUAAUAACAGAGACACAAUUGACGAAAGUGUGGGAUUCAAUAGCUAAUUGAGAUACACAAAGUCACGGGAAGAGUGAAGUGUUGUCAACCCAUAACUCAUAAUGGUUGUUCUGUCUGAACUUUCUGAAGGGCCUUCAUCUUCUUCAUCAACUCAUAAAGGUCAUAGAUAUGACAUAUUUUUAAGUUUCAGAGGUGUUGACACUCGUCAUGGUUUCACUAAUCACCUUUAUAAUGCCCUCAUUCAUGCCAAUAUCACUACCUUCUUGGAUGAUGAAGAGAUUGAAACCGGGGAAGAUCUGAAACCAGAAUUGGAGAGUGCGAUUAAGUCAUCUAGGGCUUCUGUUAUCGUGUUGUCCAAAAAUUAUGCUACUUCCACUUGGUGUCUUGAUGAACUGGUGUUGAUCCUUGAGCAACGUAUGAAAUCCAGUCAUGUUGUAGUCCCCAUCUUUUAUCAUGUUGAGCCCACUGAUGUCAGGAAGCAACAAAGUAGCUUUGGAGAUGCAAUGGCUAAACAUAGACAGAGGAUGGAGGCAGAGACAGAUGCAAAUAAAAGAAGUAAAUUGGCUCAAAAGAUGGAAAAAUGGAAUAAAGCACUUAUAGAAGUUGCUGAUUUAAAAGGGAAGGAUGUUAAGGACAGGUGUAACAUCCGGAUUCUCAGCAAGAAGAAGGAGGUACUAGCCAAGAGGAAGCAUAGGAGAUUGCUAUUCUGUGGAUUUGGAGCUAAGAUCUUCACAUUUGAGGCGGAGGCUAGACCCGACUUUACAGAGUUCGAGCUUUACCGAGUUAACCGAGGUACCAGCGAGGAUCGCGGGAAGGCGCCGGCUUGA